CGAAUCAAAUAUCUGGCCACUCCACUUAUUCUUAACUUGAAACUUAAAAGCCGAAAUCGUAAAGAGAGAAUCUGGUCGGAAUAAUCCACUCGAAUCUUAAAACGACGUCGGUUUAACCAAAUGCGAGUCAACGGAUGCUGCUGCAAUGCGUCGUGUUGUGUUCGUCACUCGCCGUCGUCGUCAUCUCCGUCGCUUCGACCUCUCCCCUCGUUGGUGUUCACCCUUUAGAUGAAAAGUAUUUCGACUCAGAUGUUAUCAAAUGCAAAGAUGGCUCCAAAUCUUUCACAAGAGAUCGUCUCAACGACAACUUCUGCGAUUGUCUCGACGGCACCGAUGAGCCUGGAACUUCGGCAUGUCCAAAUGGCAAAUUUUACUGUAGGAACAUUGGAAGUUCUCCAAAGUUCGUUUACUCUUCUCGUGUGAAUGAUCGAAUCUGUGAUUGCUGCGAUGGAAGCGACGAGUACGAAAGUAGCAUUCAUUGUCCCAACACUUGUAUAAUGGGUGGUAACGUUAACUACAUCUACAAACCUAGAGCCAACCUUAAAUCUAUACACUUGCAACUCGGUUCAACGCCUCAUCCAAAGGAGUUUUAUACUAUAGGAAAUCUUCAGGACAUGGUCAAGAAUCUACAAGGUAUGAAGCUUGUUUUCGCUCUUCAGAUGGUUUUUAUCGGUUUCUUAGUGAUCUUAUGGAUGCUUAGGAGUCGUGCUCGGUCUAAGAGACGACGCUAUCUGCUGAAGAAUGUACCUCCCAUUAAUAGAUCAGCUAACUAACUCCCUGGAACUUGUAUUAUACUUUUGUGAAGCUUUUACGUGGAACCUGAGUGUUAAAGCCACAUAUGUCAAGUGUCAUUACUAGCUAUACUUAUUCAGUGUGAGAUUGUUUGUUCCUAGUUACAUAAUUGUCUUGGUCUUCAUGUUUAUUAAGCCUUCAGAUCCUCAGACCAUAGUAGGUACCGAUGAGUCUUAUCACAAGUAAGAUAGUCACAUGAUCUGCAGAUUUUCUAGAAAAUGGAUGGAUUCACAAUUUGAAUGAUCUCAUGGUGAAU